UCAUCAAGCUUCUGGCAUUUGAUUCGUCGAUCGUCAGAAAAGUGGAUUCCAAUCUCAAGUCCUACAACCCCAACAAGCAGCUCAAAGAACAGUAAAGCCUCUAUGAAGAAAAAUGAUGAUGAAGUUGCUGGAAAUAAGAGCCUGAGGGCUGUUGUUGCUGUGAUGGUUGUAGAUUUCCUCAUCCUCCUUGUCCCAUUUUCUUUAUUUCUUACUGUUUUGUCUGAAUGGAUAUGUGUGAUUACAACUUUGCUGAUCUUGUUGCUGCUUAUCUCUUUUUCAGCUAGAAGAUUUAGAUCUUCUUUUCAGGAAAGUGGUGUCUUUUCUUUUAGGACAAAUAUCUCAUCUUACGUUGGUUGCUAUGGUGUAAUCGCUGCAGAUGCUUGCCACGUGCUUGUGUAUUUUGGCUGUUGACUACAAACUACCUCCCAGAAAAUAUGCUAAAACAGAGACCUACGGCACUGGUUCGAUCUUGGGGUGGGCUCAUCUGUUUUAGUCAAUUCCCUGGUUUCACAACAGGCACGAGGCAAUUCAAUAGU